AUGAAUCAUUUAUCGCCGCCACCGUCGCCGCACUCGCAGCAGCCAAGUCCAGCUUACAAUGGAGGAGCUGCCCUGGACAAGCAGUGGAUGCAAAGGGCAUCCGCCUUUAACACAGUGAUUGCAUCCGCUGCUGCCCAGAAAUUGAAUGGAAGAGAUCUUCCCUUCCUGUACAACCCGUUGCUCUACUCCAGUGCCCUGCUCUGGCCACAGUUCCUUCUAUCCUCGGCCACGGCUUUGGGUACGCCUCUAACACCCAUGACCCCCAAGUCGCCAGCCUCCGUGGUGCUGGGUCAGCGGGAUCGUGACUAUGCUUUGACCCCCGAAAAGGAGCAUGAGCUGCAGCUUAGCAGCAACAAUAAUAAUAACAGCAGCAGCAGUGAGUUGGCCAGACAGGAGCAGGAGCAGGACGAAGACAUGCCGCUAAAUCUAAGCACCAAGCAUCGUAUGAAGUCGGAUCUGUGUGACCAGGAGCAGUAUCACAAUCGCAGCAGCAGCAACAGCAGCAGCCACAACAGCAGCCGGAGCAGCUCCAGCAGCGGUGAGGUGGAGCCACUGCAUCCAAUGCAGGCUCUGAAUGUGACUCCACCGCCACUCAGGGCGGUCAAUCUAAAGAGUUCCGGAGGUGGAACACCGCAGCAGCAGCGCCAGCGAUCGCAGGGUAAUAUCAUUUGGUCACCGGCCUCGAUGUGUGAGAGAUCAGCACGCCGGGAGCAGUAUGCUCUGAAAAUGGAGAACGGAGAGGAGGAUGAGGAAGAGGAGGAGAACCAAGUGGAUCCCAUAGUGAGAAAAUUCAAGUACGAGCGCCGAACAGCCUCCAUAUCCUCCCUGCAGUCGCCAAUCUCCUCGCUAUCCGCUCCAUCAACGAAUCCCGUUCGGGAUCUGGAGUUCGACGUGGCCCAGCAGCAGUUGUAUGCCCAUCGCAGUGCCUUUAUGGCUGGACUGACGGGCAACAAUCUGGAGCUGCUCACCCAGCAUCUCAAGUCCCAGCAGCAGCAACAGCAGCAGCAGCAGCAACAGCAACAGCAUCAGCAGCAACAGCCCCAUCGCAUCAAGGAUGAGCAGCAGGAGAAUCGUUCGGCAGCCGCUCUCAUGGGCCUGGUGGCCGCCGCCGAAUUCGGCUAUAUGCGUAAUCAACACCAACAGCCGCAGCAGCAGCAGCAGCAGUUGCAUCAUCAUCAGCAGCAGCAACAGCAGCAGCAUCACCAGCAGCAACAUCCUGACUCGACGGCCACAGAUGUUGCGCGUCGCUCGUCCAGCUCCUCUUCAUACCAAGGCGAAGGCGAGGAGAAGCGCAGCGGCAGGAACUUCCAGUGCAAACAGUGUGGCAAGAGCUUCAAGCGUUCAUCCACCUUGUCCACGCAUCUGCUCAUCCAUAGCGACACUCGGCCAUAUCCCUGCCAAUAUUGUGGCAAGCGUUUCCAUCAAAAGUCGGACAUGAAGAAGCAUACCUAUAUACACACAGGUGAGAAGCCUCACAAGUGCACCGUGUGCCUGAAGGCCUUCAGCCAGAGUUCCAACCUGAUCACGCACAUGAGGAAGCACACUGGGUACAAGCCUUUCGGGUGUGGACUCUGUGAUCAAUCCUUCCAGCGGAAGGUGGAUCUGCGACGUCAUCGGGAGAGCCGGCAUGAGGAGGCGCCGCUGGAGGACAUUAAGCCCCAGGAUCUUAUGCCCCUCAAGAUGGAGGUGAGCAGCAGCAGUUGCUGA